AUGGCGCAGGCAGGAUAUUUCCCAGCAGAUGAGCUGGCCGAACGUCAACCUCUUGACGGCUCGGUCCCAGAUCCUCUUCAGCAUCGCCAAUACCAGCAACCAUAUCAUCAUCAACAAGACACAUACGACGCCACGCCCUCCCAGUACGCUCCGCGAGGCCACCCAGACCCGUCCUUCUCGCGGCUCCGAUCACAGAGACGCUACAACCAAGAACCCCCAAACGGUGGACUAGGCGCCGGUCCAUACGCUGCGGCGACAGCGAACGGUCACGGCGACUCGGCAUCCCCACUCCGAUCAUUUCCACAACGCCCGACCGACCGACGGUCUUGGGGUCAGGGGACCUCGUAUCCACCACAAAGCCAACGUCCCUCUCCCCAGAGCACCGUCACUCCAGGCGCAGACAACUUCAGCAACGCCGCCGCCGGAGGCAUGGCUGGAAUUGCCCUGACUAUCGCUGAGCAGAACGCAAGAGAGAGCGGUCUCAACGCCAUCCACAACCAACAACCGUACCAGCAAGGACAAGUCUACGCAGACAAGGGCAUGCUGUCGCCAGACUACCACGCAGGGAAUAGAAACUCGCAUUCGAGCUUGCAAGGCCUGAGCGCCGCAGCCGUCGGCUCAGGGUACGCGACACCAGGGCAGCGCACACCCUCUAGGAUAGGCGGCGAGGUCUACACGGACGACCCAUACCAGAACCUCUCGCGCCACGUCGACUCGAACCUCGGCGUUGUAAACCCCCUCGACAUAGCAGACGACGGUGACGACGGGCUUGAGUACGGACGUAAAGGGCCAAGGACUAGCAUGCUCAGCCUUGGGUCUAAUCGGAGCCACGGCGCAGCUGCAGCGGGCGGCGCGGCAGCGGGCGGCGUGCUCGGGGGGCUCGUUGGGAGGAACGGCAGUGGGAGUGUUAACAAUCAGUACGCGCCUGUCCAUACCGGCCUCAGCAGUGACGGGGCUUCAGGGGGCUCCGGCCUGGGCUCAGGGGGAGCCGUUUUUAACGCGGUGCCUGCUGGCGCCGCCGGGGAGAAGGCCUGGGAAGCCGCUGCCUUAUCUAAGGGCAGGAGCAGUGGGAAGAAGUGGAAGAUUGCGAUUAUCGCUAUCGUCGUGAUCGUUAUUCUUGCUGCCAUCGUCCUCGGUGUCCUAUUCGGCGCCGUCUUCAGGAGUAACGGGGGCGGCAGCAGCAGCGCCAACAGCGGCUCGGGCGACACUUCGACAGCCGCCGGGGACAGGUCUGCCCACGGCGACCUUAACUCCGACUCGUCUGAAAUACAGGCUCUCAUGAACAACCCGGACCUCCGCAAGGUUUUCCCCGGCAUGGACUACACCCCGCUCAACACGCAAUACCCCGAUUGCAUGCACAACCCGCCCUCCCAAAACAACAUCACCCGCGACCUGGCCGUUCUCUCCCAACUUACCAACGUUGUCCGUCUCUACGGCACCGACUGCAACCAGACGCAGAUGCUCAUCCACGCCGUCGACCAGCUCAAGCUCAAGGACAAAGUCAAGAUCUGGCUCGGCGUGUGGCAGGACGCCAACGCAACUACCAACGCACGCCAGCUGUCCCAGAUGUGGGACAUUCUCGACCAGUACGACGAGAGCUACUUCAAGGGCAUCAUUGUGGCCAACGAGAUUCUCUUCCGGCAGCAAAUGACCAUCACGACGCUCGGCAGCCUCCUGGAGGAAGUCCGCGCCAACCUCACCGCGCGCGGGCUGAAGCUGCCCGUCGCGACGAGCGACCUCGGCGACAAGUGGGACGCGACCCUCGCCAGCCAGAGCGACGCCAUCAUGGCCAACAUCCACCCCUUCUUCGCCGGCGCCAAGGCCUCCGAGGCGGCUGACUGGACCAAGUACUUUUGGGGCAACAAGACGAGCAGCUUUCUCAAGCGCGACAAUGCCAUGAACGUCAUCGCCGAGACCGGGUGGCCGUCGCAGGGCGGCAUGGCAUGCGGCACCGAACUGGAGACGAACUGCCCGGACCGCGCGGUCGCGGGGAUAGACGAGCUGAACACCUUCAUGGAGGAUUGGGUCUGUCGCGCGCUGGACGAUGGGACAGAGUAUUUUUGGUUCGAAGCGUUUGAUGAGCCGUGGAAGAUCAUGUUCAAUACCGACGGCAAGGAGUGGGAGGAUCACUGGGGAUUGAUGACGGUCGAUCGGAAGCUGAAGGAUGGGGUCAAGAUCCCGGAUUGUGGCGGGAAGCGGGUGUCUUAA